UAACCAAAGGUCUCGCUCGCGCGGCUCUCGCGGGGUGACGCAAUGCCAGCGAGACGCCCGCGCAACACGAUCGCACCGCUUCGCUGUGCAUUUACUCGAUAAACAUCGCGAGAUCACAACGCAGUUAUAACUCGAAGCGUUCUAUUUUCAAACAUUCUAAUUAUUAUUUUCAAUAUUUUUAACAAAAUCUUUUUGUUUUAAUUUCUGUGAUUGAUAUUUAUUCCAAUUGGAGAGGAUUUCGAAAUAAGUGCGAAGGUUAAGUUUCGUCACAAUGGACGCAACAAUGGAAAAUAAAAUGGGUCUACCUCCACCUUACGAAUCCACAACGCCGUACCCAGCGCCUCCGCCGUCUUACUUCGGGAGUAACCCUCCGCCGCCGGGGCCUGUGAUCCCGACGGCGCCUCCUCGCACGACUGUCAUCACAACCGGGCCCACCGUCAGCAGGCCUGGUAAACUAGGCCCGGGCCCCACAGGCACCCUGUGCGCCACAUGCAACAAGUCGGUCGUCACCAGGGUUGAAUAUGUCGCGAACAAUCGCACACACAUCGUCUCAGCGGCGCUUUGUGUCUUAGCCGGAUGCUGUUGCGGAUGUCUCGUGCCUUACUGCAUGACUUCGUGUAAAACUGCAAACCACUACUGCCCUCAAUGCAAAGCCUUCAUAGGUUCUCGUGUACCUUCGUGAUCUCGUAAUCUCUUGUUUUCAACUACAAUGACGGAUGCUUGAUACUUUCGUAGCAUUAUACUUAAAUUAAAAACCCAAAUAUGUACCUACUCUACAUACAUAUCUCUGCUUCUCUUAGUCAAAUCAUUAUCUUCAAUUUCGUAACUCACUUUGUUUUUUAUUUUUGUUUGUUAUUUAAUUACAAAGUAGCUACGAAAGAUUCGACUAACGGGAUUUACUUUCACAAUUAUCUCAGGGUAUAGUAACUUUUAAUUCUUAGCUAGGAUAAGGCAAUAAAACAAUUACGAGUAUCUAAUAUUGAAUUUCAAAUCUUUAUCUCAACAUUGACCGAAUAGUUUUCGUUACUGUUGUAAUUUGUUAUUGAAAAGACUUGUGCUUAGUAAUGCAAAUUGUAUGUUAACGUGUCGGUAUAAGUGCUUGUGUUAUACAGCUAUGUAACGACAAAUUAAUCUUCGCCAUGAUCGCGCAUCGUUUGCUCUCCUGUGAUAAAGAUAAGUCACAAAGUAAUUCUCUUAUCGCGUAAUGAUAAAAAGGCAAAAACAUUUCAUAUUCUGUGAUAUUUUUGUUAUUCCGAAAAAAUCGUUCAUAAGUUUAUUUUAUGCUCACUGUACCAUUGUAGUUCAAUGUAAGUAUAUAAAUAUAUAUCCCCGGAUAAAUUUAAAAUCUAUAUUUUUACAGAAUACCUAUUUUUAGAAAUACACAUAAGUGCUUUAUAUUUAUUUAAUGUUAAAAUGGACUUCGUACAUAAGUGAUUAUUGUAUUAAAAUAAAUAUUUAUAAUUUGAAAGUGGUAAUUUGCUUGAAACUAUUACUAUUUUGGUAUAUUUUGCGUAUGUGCCACCCAGAACCGCAAGCAAAUAUUUGUGAUUACAAGUGUAAAUAUUUGCCCGCGCUGGGAAUCCAGGACCGAUGGAAAGCGGUCGGGCGUAUGAUUGUUAAAAAAUCGUCCUUAAGGAACUUCUAUCAGUAGAACGUUACAACUACAACUAUAACCCAGUCGUAAGAGUCGCAGUAUAAAUUUGUACAAAAGACAAAACUAAUUUACCUAUUUACUAAGUAUUUAGAUAUCUUACAAUAAGAAGUAAAAAUAGUUAAAUUAUAGAAGUCUUCGAAUAAAUGCCCAGAAAUUUCCGACAGUUCGGGCAGUGAUGCUCGACGUUUUUCCACCUUUUCACCACGUAGGGCACUAUGCAGCAACACAUCCACC